AUGGACAAUAUCAACAUAGCCAUUAUCGGCACUGGUCCUGCGGGCCUUGUAGCUCUCAAGAACCUGAGAGAACAAGGCUUCAACGCCGUCGCUUUUGAACGUCGCGAGUCAGUCGGGGGCUUAUGGGCAUACAGUGAUAACACGAAGUACACCACAGCGUUGGAUGACACAACUGUCAAUGUCAGCAAGUUUGUGUCUGGCUUCAGUGACUUUCCAAUGCCAAAAGACUAUCCGCCUUUUCCGUCUCGUAGACAGAUGCAACAAUAUUUCGAAGCUUACGCGACACAUUUUGAUGUUCACAGCUACAAGAAAAAUGGCCUGGAGGGCAAGAGGGUUAUGGUUGUCGGUAUUGGAAAUACGGGCUGCGAGAUUGCCUUGAGUCUUUGCAAACACACAUCAGAAACCUAUUUGACCUAUCGUCGUGGAAGAAUUCUAGUGUCUCGUUAUGGAAAGAGUGGCGUACCGACGGACAGCCAAGUCCCUUGGCCAGUACUUCGACUCAAAUAUCUCAUGGACUAUUACUUACCCAAUCUAUCCAAGUGGGCGACCGACAAGUUCAUGAUCAACAAAAUGAUUAGCGACGCUUCCAGGCACGAGCCAGAUAGUGACAGUAUAUCAGAAAAGCAGAGGCUCAAGAUGGCUGGGAAGAGGGUCUGGGGCGAAUGGCGUCUUGUUCCUUGUCCCAGCAUGGCUCACAGAAACCCGGCUGUGCAAGAAGGCAUCUUCCCAGCAUUUCAUAACAAAGACAUAAUCCCGACUCAAGGAUUUAUGGAAUUUGCUGGCGAAGAUACUGUUUUGCUAGCAGAUGGCACCAUAGUUGAAGUCGACGCGGUGAUCUUUGCUACAGGCUAUCGGCAUGAUUUCUCUAUUAUGCCGGAGCUUCAGAUGAAUGGCGCAGCUGGGAUGAAAUUACAGACAGCUGAGAUGACAGAAAAGGAGCCGAAUGUGGAAGACGAGGCCCAACAACCUGACCUUCCCCGACUCUAUCAAAUGAUCUUUCCGCCCAAGAGGGCUUUUUCGAUAGCCUUUCUGAGCUGGUUGGCUCCACAGGAGAAUGUCUGGUGUGUCUGCGAACUUGCGUCAAUGGCAGUCGCUCAAGUAUGGACAGCAGAGUCUACUCUCAAACAGAAAGAUAAUCUGCCAGCUUCAUACCGGCCAUAUUCGAUUCUACCCCCAGAGAAAGAGAUGGAAGUCGAGGUUGAUUCAUAUCAAACCUGGUGGCGGAAAGAGUGGAGGACUGAUCAUUCCAUAAUGGAAGGAUAUGUGAGAGGCCAUAGUUUCUACCACUUUCUUCAUGAGAUGGCCGGAACCGGUCUCUACAGCCACAUAAACCAUCCGAUCUCAUUCACUGGAUGGUGGCUCUGGUGGAAGGAUCGCAAUCUCUGGAGGUGGCUUGCUAAAGGCCCGAUGAAUAGUUACUCGUGGAGGCUGUUUGACACUAACCCUGAUGAUAUCCCUGGAUGUGGGAGGAGAGCUUGGAGAGGCGCCAGGACAGCAGUCCAAGAAGCUUAUGAGGAGUUGGAGAGAUUUAGAGAUAUGAAGGCAAAAAGUGACUAA